AUGGUUCCCCCUCCAUGUAUAUGCUUCCUCGCAUCCUCUUUAUCAAAAUACCUGGCAGCACCUUCACCAGAAAAAGAAGCCAUAAGAGGAUCAGCCGGUCCACCUGCUACUGGUGAUCAAGAGAAAAGUGUUGAGGAAACCAGUCAGAAGGAUGCACAGAAGCUAUCGGCUAAAAUUGACAGUCACGAAUUUGAUAAAAAUAACCUCAAGAAACUAAACAAUAGAAACAUAGAGCAAGGAAACAGUGACAAUAUUGAGAAAGAUAACAAUGAUGACAACAAUGAGCAGAGUAGGAAUGACAACAAUAUUGAGAAAGGAAAUCAAGAGUCUAGAAUAAACAAAAGUUCAUCGGAUGAUGAGGUUGCAGAUAGUUUGAUAGGGUCUCUUGCUCCUAGCCUUAGAAACAUCAAUGAAGAAGGUAAUAUAGAAAAAGAUCAAGAAGGUAUUGCCCGAGACUCAUUUGAAAGAGGCAGAGCACAAACAAGGGUUGUCUCUAAUCAAAAGGGGAAGAAGUCGACAUCGUAG